AUGUCUCUUCUUCUGUGGUGGUCCCUAUACUACCCUGUCUCUAUUUCCCCUCUGACAGAAGCCACCUCUACCCAGCCAGUCUGCUCCCCGCAGGGGGCCUUUGAGCUGCCUGGGUUUUCAGCCCAGGGUGACUUCAUGAUGGGGGGGAUCUUUCCCCUUCACUACCGGGUGGAGCUGCCUGGCAUGGACUACACCCACCAGCCCCUGGCAGCACUGUGUCAAGGGUUUGACCCGAGGGCUUUCCGCUGGGCUCAGACCAUGAGGCUGGCAGUGGAGGAAAUCAACCAGAGUGAGCAGCUGCUGCCCAACCACACGCUGGGCUACAAGAUCUUUGACUCGUGUGCCACGCCAGUCACGGCUCUGAGAGCAGUGUUGGCGAUGCUGAAUGGACAGGGUGAAGAACAGAGCCCUAUGUGUUCUGGUGCCAGCCCGUUAAUAGCCGUGGUAGGGGAGUCUGGCUCCUCACAGUCCAUUGUUUUGUCCAGAACUCUGCAGCCCUUCAGAAUCCCCAUGAUCAGCUAUUUCUCCACCUGCUCGUGCCUGAGUGACAGGAAAGAAUACCCGACGUUCUUCAGAGUGGUUCCAAAUGACGACUACCAGGUGAAGGCAAUCGCCAGUCUGCUUCAGCGUUUCGGCUGGAAGUGGAUUGGUGUGAUCCGCGAGGACCACGACUACGGCCACUUCGCCCUGCAGGGCCUGAAGAGGGAGAUCCAGAACACAGAUGUCUGUCUGGCCUAUGAUGAGAUGAUCCCUAAAGACUACAGCAGAGAGAGGGUCCUGCAGAUCCUGGAGGUGAUGAGGCACUCCACAGCGCGGGUGGUGAUAGUCUUCUCUGGGGAGGGAGAAUUAUACCCUUUCCUCAAGGAGUUUGUCAAGCAGAACAUCACUGGUACCCAGUGGGUGGCCAGUGAGGCCUGGGUCACUGCCAAUGUGCUGGCAGAGACUUAUCCAUUCCUGGAUGGGACUAUUGGCUUCGCCAUCCGCUCAGGGAAAGUCCCAGGGCUCAGGGACUACCUGCAGACGGUGAACCCCCGCAGGUACCCCUCUAACCCCCUGGUGCAGAAGCUGUGGGAGGCUCUGUACGGCUGCUCUCCCUCUCUGUCCCACUCCAGCCCCCUGAUGCCCCCCUGCUCAGGGCAGGAGACUCUUCUGGAGCAGCACUCAGCCUACAUGAACACCUCCAGCCCCAGAGUGGCCUAUAAUGUGUACAAGGCUGUGUACGCCAUCGCUCACUCACUGCACAACCUCCUCCACUGCCCGGCUGGGGCAGGACCCUUCCACAACCGCUCCUGCGCUCACAGCACCAACGUUCACCCCUGGCAGCUCCAGCAAUAUCUCCAGGAUGUGUCCUUCAACGUAUCUGGAGAAAAUAUGAACUUUGACCAGAAAGGGGAUGCCAUCCCAUCCUAUGACCUCAUCAACUGGCAGAGGGGGCCAAACGGAGGUCCCCGCUUUGUCACAGUGGGGCUGUAUGAUGGCUCAAAGGACUCUGGGAAGGAGCUGGCAAUCCAGCAAGAGAAGAUAGUGUGGGCGAGGCAUCACAGCAAGCUGGUGGUCUCCGUGUGCAGUGCCAGCUGUGCUCCAGGAUCCAGGAAGGCUGUCCGUCGUGGGGAACCUCUGUGCUGCUUUGACUGUGUACCAUGUGACAGCGGCAAGAUUAGUUAUCAGACAGAUUCUAUAGACUGCAAAGAAUGUCCCGAGGACUUCUGGUCAAACACUGAUGGAACAAUGUGCAUCCCCAAAGUGGUGGAGUUCCUUUCCCAUGAUGCAAUGGGGAUAGCCCUGACUGUGAUCGCUGUAGUGGGCGCCUGUCUGACCGUGUCUGUCCUGGCAGUCUUCCUCCAUCACAGGACCACUCCCAUCGUCCGCGUCAACAACUCUGAGCUGAGUUUCUUUAUCCUUCUCUCCCUGAUUCUGUGCUUCCUGUGUGCACUGAUGUUCAUCGGGGAGCCCACCUCCUGGUCCUGCAUGCUGCGCCACACUGCCUUCAGCAUCACCUUCUCCCUCUGCAUCUCCUGCAUCCUGGGCAAGACUCUGGUGGUCCUGGCAGCCUUCACUGCCGCCAGGCCUGGGAACAACAUUAUGAAGUGGCUGGGUCCCAAACAGCAGAGGGUCAUCAUAUUCUCCUGCACCCUGGUUCAGGUGCUGAUCUGUGCUGCCUGGCUCAUGGCUGCCCCUCCCUACCCCUCCAGAAAUAUCCAGGACCAACGCUCUAAAAUCAUUCUGGAGUGCAGUGUGGGCUCCCAACUGGCCUUCUGGUGUGUUCUGGGAUACAUCGGCCUCUUGGCCUGUCUGUGCUUCAUCCUGGCAUUUCUGGCCCGGAAACUGCCAGGCAACUUUAAUGAGGCCAAGUUCAUCACCUUCAGCAUGCUGAUCUUCUGUGCCGUGUGGAUCUCCUUCAUCCCUGCCUACGUCAGCUCUCCUGGGAAGUACACAGUAGCUGUAGAGAUCUUUGCCAUCCUGGCCUCCAGCUUUGGGCUGCUAUUCUGUCUGUUUGCUCCAAAGUGUUACAUCAUCCUCCUGAAGCCAGAUAAGAACACUAAACAACAUCUCAUGGGGAGGAAAUAAAAAUGCAUAGAUUAAUGAGGACAAAUUUAUUUGUCAUAGUUCUCAGUUUACUUUUGAUCUACUGUAAACCCAUAAAUGAAAUAGAUGUUUAUAGUGUCUUCGGGACAUUUUUGUGGAAUGUGGCAAGCUAAAAAUUAUAUAUUUUUUGGUUGAAUUACUGUACCAUUUUCCUGAUCAAAGA